GUCGCUCCGGAUACUUCCUCCUGCGCUGCCGCCGCGGACUUAAACUUUGGAGGGGGAAAAAGAGCCACCGGCGCCCGGCGACCCUCCCUUGCCCCCAUCCCCUACCCCGCCGCCGGCAACGCCGUCUUCCCCGCGGCUCCCGACCGAACUUUUCUCCAACUUCCGCGACCCGUGAGAUUCCCUCCUUCCCACCCUGGCCCUCAGGACCCCUCUGCCCAUCCCCGCGCCGAUCGGACCCCUGGGGUCCACUCGACCCCUGACUCCGAGACUCCUGGUUUCCACCCCCAGGUCUGUGACUCCCUCGGGCCGCCUUCUUCGUGGAACCCCCUUCUUAGAGCCACGGAUCCUGGGAUCCCCCUGCUCCCUUCUCAACCCCCCUCUCCGCAAGGGACCCUUUGGAUCGCGAGCUCCCCUGAUCCCUGUGACCCCGACCUACUGGAUUUUCCUCUCUGGUUUCUUGGAAUCUCUUAAUCGCUGGGUCCCGCGAAUCUCUCCUUUGUUCCUUUCUUAUCUUCUGUGAUCCCUGGAUUCCAGGCGUCCUUUUCUCUAAUUUCCCAGGACCCUGCCUGCCAUCCUCAGGUCCCCUCAACCCACCAGACUUCCCGUCUCUGGGCCCCGCGCUCUUCUUAGCACCAGCUCACACGAUCCCUCGGAUCUAGGACCCGGGUUCCCCCAGCCGGAUCCCGGGUGGGCGCCGGGCGGCCGGUCCGCGGCCUCCCCGCAUGGCCGCCGCCCCCUCCUAUCCUGCGGGGCUCCCCGGAUCUCCCGGGCCGGGGUCUCCUCCGCCCCCCGGCGGCUUGGAGCUGCAGUCGCCACCACCGCUGCUGCCCCAGAUCCCGGCCCCGGGCACCGGGGUCUCCUUCCACAUCCAGAUCGGGCUGACCCGGGAGUUCGUGCUGUUGCCCGCCGCCUCGGAGCUGGCCCAUGUGAAGCAGCUGGCGUGUUCCAUCGUGGACCAGAAGUUCCCUGAGUGUGGCUUCUACGGUCUUUACGACAAGAUCCUCCUCUUCAAACAUGACCCCACAUCGGCCAACCUCCUGCAGCUGGUGCGCUCGGCCGGAGAUAUCCAGGAGGGCGACCUGGUGGAGGUGGUGCUGUCGGCCUCGGCCACAUUCGAGGACUUCCAGAUCCGCCCGCACGCCCUCACGGUGCACUCCUACCGCGCGCCUGCUUUCUGCGACCACUGCGGGGAGAUGCUCUUUGGCCUCGUGCGCCAGGGCCUCAAAUGCGACGGCUGCGGGCUGAACUACCACAAGCGCUGCGCCUUCAGCAUCCCCAACAACUGCAGUGGGGCCCGAAAGCGGCGCCUGUCAUCCACGUCUCUGGCCAGUGGCCAUUCGGUGCGCCUUGGCACCUCCGAGUCCCUGCCCUGUAUGGCUGACGAGCUGAGCGGUAGCACCACCGAGCUCCUGCCUCGCCGUCCCCCGUCGUCCUCCUCCUCCUCUUCUGUCUCCUCCUACACAGGCCGCCCCAUAGAGCUGGACAAGAUGCUGCUCUCCAAGGUCAAGGUGCCCCACACCUUCCUCAUCCACAGCUACACACGGCCCACCGUUUGCCAGGCUUGUAAGAAACUCCUCAAGGGCCUCUUCCGGCAGGGCCUGCAGUGCAAAGACUGCAAGUUUAACUGUCACAAACGCUGUGCCACCCGAGUCCCUAACGACUGCCUGGGGGAGGCUCUCAUCAAUGGAGAUGUGCCGAUGGAGGAGGCCACCGAUUUCAGCGAGGCUGACAAGAGUGCCCUCAUGGAUGAGUCAGAUGACUCCGGUGUCAUCCCGGGCUCCCACUCGGAGAACGCCCUCCACGCCAGCGAGGAGGAGGAAGGCGAGGGUGGCAAAGCCCAGAGCUCCCUGGGGUACAUCCCCCUAAUGAGGGUGGUGCAGUCAGUGCGUCACACGACACGGAAAUCGAGCACUACCCUGCGCGAGGGUUGGGUGGUUCAUUACAGCAAUAAGGACACGCUGAGGAAGCGGCACUAUUGGCGCCUGGACUGCAAGUGCAUCACGCUCUUCCAGAACAACACGACCAACAGAUAUUACAAGGAAAUUCCGCUGUCAGAAAUCCUCACUGUGGAGUCUGCCCAGAACUUCAGCCUCGUGCCACCAGGCACCAACCCGCACUGCUUCGAGAUUGUCACUGCCAAUGCCACCUACUUCGUAGGAGAGACACCUGGUGGGGCCCCGGGUGGGCCGAGCGGGCAGGGGGCUGAAGCCGCCCGGGGCUGGGAGACAGCCAUCCGCCAGGCCCUGAUGCCCGUCAUCCUCCAGGACGCACCCAGCGCCCCAGGCCAUGCGCCACACAGACAAGCUUCUCUGAGCAUCUCUGUGUCCAACAGUCAGAUCCAGGAGAACGUGGACAUCGCCACUGUCUACCAGAUCUUCCCAGAUGAAGUGCUGGGGUCGGGGCAGUUUGGAGUGGUCUAUGGAGGAAAGCACCGGAAGACAGGCCGAGACGUGGCAGUCAAGGUCAUUGACAAACUGCGCUUCCCCACCAAGCAGGAGAGCCAGCUCCGGAACGAAGUGGCCAUUCUGCAGAGUCUGCAGCACCCCGGGAUCGUGAACCUGGAGUGCAUGUUCGAGACGCCCGAGAAGGUGUUCGUGGUGAUGGAGAAGCUGCACGGCGACAUGUUGGAGAUGAUCCUCUCCAGCGAGAAGGGCCGGCUGCCCGAGCGCCUCACCAAGUUCCUCAUCACGCAGAUCCUGGUGGCUUUGAGACACCUUCACUUUAAGAACAUCGUCCACUGCGACUUGAAACCAGAAAACGUGUUGCUGGCAUCGGCCGACCCCUUUCCUCAGGUGAAGCUGUGUGACUUCGGCUUCGCGCGCAUCAUCGGCGAGAAGUCGUUCCGCCGCUCGGUGGUGGGCACGCCGGCCUACCUGGCGCCCGAGGUGCUGCUCAACCAGGGCUACAACCGCUCGCUGGACAUGUGGUCGGUGGGCGUGAUCAUGUACGUCAGCCUCAGCGGCACGUUCCCCUUCAACGAGGACGAGGACAUCAACGACCAGAUCCAGAACGCUGCCUUCAUGUACCCUGCCAGUCCCUGGAGCCAAAUCUCGGCCGGAGCCAUCGACCUCAUUAACAACCUGCUGCAGGUGAAGAUGCGUAAGCGCUACAGCGUGGACAAGUCUCUCAGCCACUCCUGGUUACAGGAGUACCAAACGUGGCUGGACCUCCGAGGGCUGGAGGGGAAGAUGGGCGAGCGGUACAUCACGCACGAGAGUGACGACGCGCGCUGGGACCAGUUCCUGGCAGAGCGUCUGCUGCCCGGGUCCGCGCUGCCCGCAGACAGGGAGAUCGGUGGGGCGCUCCCCACGCAGGACCACGACAUGCAGGGGCUGGCCGAGCGCAUCAGUGUCCUCUGAGGCCCUGUGCCCUCAUCCGGCUGCCACCCUCAACAGCGACCCUUCACACCAGCCCGGCAAUGAACUGUUCUAGGGGAAGCGGCUUCCUGCCUGAACUGGAUGGGACACACACACACGGGCUAGGGGAAGGGGGAGUUAUUUCCAGAGGCCCUUCCUGUCUCCCCAACAAUUAAAACAGACUCAUCUCUGGCCUCAUGGCCUCGGUCUC